CCGAGCCAGCGCCCCUACGCAGCACACAAGUCGGAGCACGCGCUCCCCUCCGAGAAGAAGAAGCCGCGGCCCCGCAGACGUCAGACGAACAUGGCGCUGAGCCGGUGAGCUGUCACCCGCCCGCACAGCAGCACCGCGGCCGCAGAGCUCAUCUGAGAGUCCGCCCCGGAGUACUGCUGUCCGCCGGAGCUCCUUCAUCUCUCUGCCUGUCAGCCUGUUUUCAUUUCGCAUCUUCAGGGGGAUUCAACGUCCGCCGAAGAAAAAAGGUGUCCGAGCUGACCGUUACCGUCCCAGCCGGGCUCAGCUAGCGUUCACCUGGACAGUGCGACCACAACAUGUGUCAGCCUCUUUAGCUAGCGACGGUGAACCUGCGCGGAGGGAGCUGCUGCUGCCGCCGAUCGAUCCGCUCCCGAGCUCGGCCAUCAGGGUUAAGUCCUCCGGAGCUGCUGGUCCAGUCGAUAGGAGCGCACCAUGACCCAGUGAACUGUCGCUCCUGUCGUCACUCAGGUUCACACGGACUGAUUCUGCUCAGCUCACCUGAGCGUCAUAUGCCAAGUUUCUGUUGCUUUUAUACUCGACUGUUAGAGAAAUGUCAGAUAAUCAGAGCUGGAACUCCUCCGGGUCCGAGGAGGACAUGGAGCCCAGAGAGGAGCCCGGACACCUGGUCGGUGUGGUCGACCUGAGCGGCGUCCUCAGCAAGUGGACAAAUUACAUCCAUGGCUGGCAGGACCGUUGGGUGGUCCUGAAGAACAACACACUGAGCUACUACAAGUCUCAAGAUGAGACCGAGUAUGGCUGCCGGGGUUCCCUCUGCCUGAGCAAGGCUGUCAUCACUCCUCACGAGUUUGACGAGUGCCGGCUGGACAUCAGUGUGAACGACAGCGUGUGGUACCUCCGGGCUCAGGACCCGGAGCACCGGCACCAGUGGAUCGACUCCAUCGAGCUGCACAGGGCUGAUUCUGGUUACGGCUCUGAGUCCAGCCUGCGGAGACACGGCUCCAUGUUGUCUCUGACGUCGGCCACCAGCAGCUUCUCCGCCACCUCCACCUCCUCCUUCAAGAAGGGCCACCGGCUGAGAGAGAAGCUGGCAGAGAUGGAGACCUUCAGAGACAUCUUGUGCAGGCAGGUGGACACGCUGCAGAAAUACUUCGAUGGCUGCGCAGACAACGUGUCCAAGGACGAGCUGCAGAGGGACAAAAUCGUGGAGGAUGAUGAAGACGACUUCCCCAACACCCGGACAGAAGGAGAGUUUCUGCACAACAACAACGGCAGCAAAGAAAAAUUGUUUCAGUCCUCGAGUCCGAAGGGAAUCAAUGGCAUAGACUUUAAGGGCGAGGCCAUCACGUUCAAGGCCACCACAGCCGGGAUCCUCGCCACCCUGUCCCACUGCAUCGAUCUGAUGGUGAAGAGAGAGGACAGCUGGCAGAAGAGGCUGGACAAGGAGAUGGAGAAGAGAAGAAGAAUAGAGGAGGGUUAUAAAUCAGCUCUCAACGAGCUGAAGAAGAAGUCUCACUUCGGUGGUCCUGAUUAUGAGGAGGGUCCGAACAGCCUCAUCAACGAGGACGAGUUCUUCGAUGCGGUCGAAGCGGCUCUGGACCGGCAGGACAAAAUGGAAGAGCAGUGUCAAACUGAGAAGACGAGGAUCCAGAGGUCCAGCCCCGUCCCCCCCGGAGACGUCUACUCCACCACCGGCACUCACAGAUUCUCCGGCAAGCCUCAUAGUCAGUCGUCCCCUGCUCUGAUAGUCAUGGCCCCUCCUCAUGACGUCCACAGAUUCAGCUCAGAGGUGGAGGAGAUGGUGCAGAAUCACAUGACCUACUCGCUGCAGGACGUCGGCGGAGACGCCAACUGGCAGCUGGUCGUAGAGGAAGGAGAGAUGAAGGUGUACAGGAGAGAGGUGGAGGAAAACGGGAUCGUUCUGGACCCUCUGAAGGCGACCCACUCGGUGAAGGGGGUGACGGGUCACGAGGUCUGCCACUACUUCUGGGACACGACGUACCGCAACGACUGGGAGACAACUAUUGAAAACUUCAACGUUGUGGAGACGUUGUCGGACAACGCUGCGAUCAUUUAUCAGACUCACAAGCGGGUGUGGCCGGCGUCUCAGAGGGACGUCCUGUACCUGUCCGCCAUGAGGAAGAUCUUGGCCAACAACGAGAACGACCCCGACACCUGGCUGGUCUGCAACUUCUCCGUGGAUCACGACGAAGCUCAGCCGUCCAGCCGAUGUGUUCGUGCCAAAAUCAACAUCGCCAUGAUCUGCCAGACCCUGGUCAGCCCACCAGAGGGAGAUAAAGAGAUCAGCAGAGACAACAUCCUCUGUAAAAUCACCUACGUCGCCAAUGUGAAUCCUGGAGGCUGGGCUCCGGCCUCGGUGCUCAGGGCCGUGGCUAAGAGGGAGUACCCCAAGUUCCUCAAACGCUUCACCUCCUACGUCCAGGAGAAGACGGCAGGAAAACCCAUCUUAUUCUGAGCGUGGAGACGUGAGGAUCUUCAGACUGACUGCUGCUGCGUCAGGACCAGUUCCACCGAGUGGUUUCUGCCUCCCUGUUCAUCCAGAUGUUCGGUCCUGUAGGCAGGAGAGGAGCGCAGCGGCGCCCUCUGGUGGCUGCAGUCAAACUGACCGUCAAACAAAAGAGCUGCAGACUUCAUCACAUCAUUUCAAGAUAAAUUCCGACUUGUUUUUGUGGUUUAAUUGCUAAAAUAUAAAAUAAGAGUGCAGAUAAAGACGCUAACAUGAGACGAAACAGUCUCACAGUUUCCUCCAAAGCUGUAAAAUUGUUCCGAGGUCAGCGAUCCGAUGCCCCAGGCUGAAGAGACGUUGUUCUUGGCCCAAAUGAAACACGAUAUCACAGGAAAACAUCCUGGACUGAUCGGAUUAUUUACAGUGAUUUUGAAAGCAGCCAUCAGAGGACUCGGUCGACCUUCCCUCCCUCGCGCUCCCGUAGAGAAGCGACCUGCUCGAGUAGCCAACACAUCAGCUCUUGUCUCUUUUCUUACAGAUAUAUUAAUAUAUAAAUGUACGUAUGUUCUAUAAGAGGUUUGUAAAAAAGAACCAGAUCUUUGCUAAUAGACUUUUACUCUCAUGUCUAGUUUCUAUUUUGUGUUGAUUUUUUUUCAUCAUUAGUCGUUUCACAGCUUUCUUUGUAAGCUGUUAACUUUUUGCUAGUAGAACAUCAGAUAGAUUUAAGAUGAGCGUCAUCUCAUCUGUGUCGAGUCCAGAGGGUCGUCACUCACUCGUGACCCCGAUGAUGUCGGACUCGACCUCUCUGACCUCGUCGCUCUCAUGAAGACGCCGCUCGGCGGUGGCGGAGGAGCGACGAGCUGAUGGGAGAACGUUGUUAGAUUUCAUGUACAAAAAACCAGUUUGUGUACAUUGUUCGCUUGGCUUCAUAUCUGUCAUAGCACGUUUUGAAUGUUGUAAAUAGAGUCGCUAACAUUUCUCCGAAGGUCUGAAAGCUGUUUUUGUGAUCGAGUCGAGCCCAAAUGCCUUAGAGUUCCAGGAAAUGUAGAUAGAGGCGCGACGCAGGGCGCCGUUAGUGCUCCUGACCAAUCACUAGUCAAGUGCCUCGCGGCUGAACUCCCUCUGUCAUCUCUGAUCCUUCAGGAGGCAACUUAAAAUCUGUCCUGCAACAUGUAUCUAUGAAUGAAUAAAGCAGGUGAUGCUAACAGUU